UGAAUUAGAAGUUUCAGGGAAGAAUCCGCCUCAGGAUCAUGACAGCACAAAUCAGCAAAGACUGAGGGAAAAACUCAGGUGACACGCGGGUGCUUGCAAUAUAAAGAGGCACCUUUUAUCAGAUCAUUGGAGACAUAGAAAGAAACAGAGAUGAAAAUAAAUGUAAUUUGCAAAUGAGCUGGGGGACGCACCACAUCAAGUAGUUAGGGAGUCGUAACGCCCUGGGACGAGAAGUGUUUAGAAAAAUCCAGCUCGAAACAUCAACCAGGGGAACUUUUAAGGAAGCAUCAUGCCUCGUUCACAACUUUUAAUUAUUCUCAUGUGUUGUCUUCCUUUGGCAGCCUGUUUGCGCUGUUACACCUGUAUGUUUCCAUCCAUCUCUCCUCUGGACUGCUUAAAGUUUCCUGUGGAGUGUCCAGCUGGCCAGCGCUGCCUCUCCAGCGUAGCGUCAGGAAGACGAGGCCCACUACAGCUGACGUUGUACGAAAAAAGCUGCGCAGUUGCCUCCCAGUGCGACGUGAGUGGAGAGAAAUACACGUCAGGGGUCUCCUUCAACUACACCAACGUUUGCUGCGAUAUCGACCUGUGCAACAGUGCCGUGUCCGUUACUGCCCCCAGCUGGGUGGGAGCGGUGCUCUACCUGCUGCCUGCGCUCGGGCUCCUGCUAGCCUGAGCAGCAGACGAGACGAUGCAGUCUUAUCCUCGAUAAAAAAAAAAAAAUGUUUU